AUGCAAGCAAAAGCUGCUUUGCAAAUGAUUGGGCAAUCAUCAAGGAUACAGUGCAGACCAGAUGGCUCAUUCGAAGAGGUGCAGUGCGAUUCUGACUACUGCUGGUGUGUGAAUCAGUUUGGUGUCGAAAUGGAAGGAACGAGAACAUCGGAUGACAUAGCUCCUAACUGUAGAGCCCCACGGAAAUGUACAGUCCCAUUAUGUACGCACGAUAUUUCUUGCAAAUACGGUAUGAGAAAAGAUUCCAAUGGAUGUGACACCUGUGAAUGUAGCAGUCCUUGCGAUGGUGUUGUGUGUCCUGAUGACUCUGUAUGCGUACCAGCUCCCGUGGAUUGUCUGGCAGGGCCAUGCCCUGAGGUCCCACGAUGUGUAGUAAACCCAUGCCGAGAAGGAGUUCCGUUGACUGAUGUCUCUACUGCUCAACAUAUAAAUUGUUCUGACAGUAGCGAAUGUACCGGUAAUUUUUUCGUUGGCGCAAUAUGCUUGCGCUCACAUCAUCAUGGUUAUUGUAGUCAGUACAAGAGCGAUGGCGGAAUUUGUUGCCCUGGACAUGAACCCAACUGGUCGCCCGGGACUUGCCCAUCGGGAAUUCUAGCAAAUGGUGAUUGCACUAGACACUGUCUUCUAGACGAAGAAUGUGCAUCCGGCCAGAAAUGUUGCUACAAUGGUUGUGGCAUGGCAUGCGUUGCUGCAGUGUUUUCCGCUCCACCUGGUUUAUCCAUUCAUAUCGGGGAGUGCUUGGAGACGAAGAACUUAGGAGCUUUUUGCGUGCAGAGACCAAAGGAAUCCGAAUGCUCUGUCGACACCGAUUGUCCCUCGUUGAAGAAAUGCUGUAGUGAUGGAUGUGUCCGUCGGUGUGCCCUGCCUGAUGUUACUACCCACUGUAAGUUUACCAAAACUCCAAUAUUUCUUUCUUCAAUGUCUUGACC